UGUUUCCGCUGUAAGAGUUUACGUCCGGUGACACGCUGCGCUCAGAAAUAAACGUAAUGACAUAAACGAGCCCCAGGAACUACUGAAGUCAAAGACAAACCCUGACACAUUGAACAAUUCAAGAUGGUUUUAGAAUCUGUUUCAAGGAUAAUAAAAGUCCAGCUUCCAGCUUACCUCAAGAGGCUUCCGCUUCCGGAGACGAUCGGAGGAUUUGCGAGGUUAACAGUGUCCGAGUGGCUCCGGUUGCUGCCUCUCCUGGGUAUCCUGGCUUUGCUUGGAUAUCUGACCAUUCGCCCGUUCCUGCCUAAGAGGAAGAAGCAGAGAGACAGCCUGAUCAACCUGAAGAUCCAGAAAGAGAACCCAAAAGUGGUCAACGAGAUAGACAUCGAGGACCUGAACAGCGCAAAUGUGUGUUACUGUCGCUGCUGGCGCUCCAAAACCUUUCCUGUUUGUGACAAGUCGCACUUAAAGCACAAUGAGCUUACUGGAGACAACGUGGGACCGCUCAUUCUCAAAAAGAAGAUACUAUAAUUGGCCACUGAUGGGAGUUUUCCUCUCACCUCCCCAGUCUUUAGUUUUUAUUUCUUAAGUUUGUUUAUUCUUUAUUUCUUUUACAAAAGUCUCACCUUGUUGUCAUGUUUCUCCAAGAUAUGAUCUUUAUUUGAAGUGUUUCUAAUACACCUAAAAAUAUAAAAUGCCACAGGAAACGGUGUUUUAGGUUCUUUACGUUACAUUGUGCCGUUAGGAAGCGGUUUCUUCUUUCUCUUUUUGAAAAGGCUUUUGUUUAUCGUUUACUUUCCUUGGUUAACAGAGCAGCCUUUUUAUACGACUGUAACUUAAAUUUAAGUCGUGACUUGCUCUUUUUGGAAUCCAUUGUUAAUCAUUGGGACCACUUUGAGAGGAAAACUUGAAACAUAAUUGUAGUGACUUCAUCUGAACCGUCAGGGUUACAGUUUUCCCCGGUUAAAUGGUUGUUUAAAUGAAACACUUAAAUACUAGUCGAACCCGUAAGGAACGUUUUUGUACUGUACGUCUUCAUUUUGGACAAUUCUUUGGUUUUACCAGCCAACCUUUUGUCUGUGUGCCAUCAUACUGUCCACUCUUUCAUGAUGUGAUGUAUUCUCUUAUAAGUUAUUGUGUGUAUGGGAGGCUAUUUGUUAUUCUUCACAUUUAUUUUGUUCAUGGCCUUUAAACAUUUGAGUUUUACAUUUUGCAUUAAACUCUGUUGCCAACAAACAUUUCAAACCACUGCACUGUUGAUGUUAUAACCUCCCUACCAUGUUGAGGUUUUAGAAAGUUAUUUGCUCUGUAAUGUUUUGUUUUCAAGCUUCUGUAUUUUCAUAAUGGCUGUAAAUAGUUGACCUGCUGGAAUAUACUUUCUUGAUUUAUCAGCAAUAUUGUAUACUUAAAUGGCUUAUAUCUUCACAAGUGUACCUCCACGACUGUCUGAGUGUCUAAUUUGUAAAAAGGAAUAGUCAGGAUGUUAAACUGGCAAACAGAACUGCAGCUUCAUUCCCUUCUUUCACUGUUACGACAGAGGAACACUUCCUGUCUCCUGGAGCUGAAAUAUAUUUAAAUGGCAUGAGGAGUACAUCACUUUCUUAUUCUCCUGCUACUCAUUUUUUUAAAGAGGUGCAUUCAGGGUCAUAAUUCUAUAGGAGUGCAUUAUGUUUUCGGAACUGUCGAGCCUCAAAGAGAAAUAAAAUACACUAAUGGCAUCAACUUU